AGCUGGUGGGGACACAGCCAUACCACAGUGCUCGGGGCACACGAUGGGACAGGACGCACCGGAACGGUGCUGUGAGGAGCUCCUGUACAGUGCACUCGGUGAUGUCUGAACCAGAGAAUUUCCAAGGCAUUAUUCCUGCAGCUGACCUCAAGGUAGCCAUAAACUCAGUCACUGACAUGGAGCAGAGACCACCAACAGUCCCAAAGCUGGCCUGGGUGGAGGAGGAGGAGGAAGACAAAGGCCCUGAAGCUGCCCCUGAAGCACAGGAGACAACAGAGGUGGAGGAGUUCCAGCUGCCACAGGAGGAAGGGAUGGAAGAGAGGCCAGACAGCCAGCCUGCAGCAGCCCCUGAAGCACAGGAGACAACAGAGGUGGAGCAGUUCCAGCCACCACAGGAAGAUGAAGCCGUGGAUCAGACUGAAGAACAGGAACCUACUGAUGGUCGCUUCCGCAGAACAGCGCAGCUGGUUUGUAAUUUCAUCAAGAGCGUUCGAGAGGAAGAGACCAGUGCCGUGGCUGCUAGGGUCCGACCAUACUCAGAGAUCUUCAAUCACGAGACGAGUGCUGCCCUGUUGGACUUGCUUAUACAGAAGGGCGUUUCUAGUCCAGAGCAAGUGCCCGCCGUAGUGAGAUACAUUCGCCGAUGGCUCCUGUCCAACGAGUCUGCUGAACACAGGCUGGACAGGACCCUGCUGGAUCUCACUGAGACACAGCCUGCUGACGUGGCCAUUACCCUCCUGCGUGUGGCCCCAACAUGUGACAGAGCUGCUGCUAACAUGUGGAAGACGAUCAUGUCCUAUCCCAAGGUUGCAGAGGAGGUGCAGCUGCUACUCCUUGAUGUGAUGGGGAACUGGCCAGAGCACAGCACCUGCACCUCAGAUGGGGACACAACGAAUGUCUUUUCCCUGGCUGCAACUGUGGUGGUAUGGAAGAUUCUCCAGGAGCCCUGCUGUCCACAUGUACAGAUAGUGUUUUUUCCCCGCCUCUUUGUGCAUCUACUCUUCCAAGUGUUCUUUAGCACUCUGGAUAUGCCAGAGGAGGUCGAUGCCUUCUGGAAGAAAUGCCAGGAGGAACACGGACUUGCCAUCAGCCCCAACAGGUUUGCAGUGCGGACCCUGAAGGCCCUGCUCUGCCUUCUCCAGUGUGAGCAUGUAGUGGUGGCAAUGGAGCGCAAGUGUGGCUGGGACACACUGCUCUAUGUUGAAACCCACCACUAUGCUGUGGGUCUGCUGGCAAGGGAGAUGCGUCAGGCAUCCAUGCAUUUGUGUAAAAGCAUCCUGUGCUGCCUGCUUGAGAUGCUCAGCAAAGAGAUGCCAUACUGGGAUUUCCCUGCCAUGGCAUUCCUUGUAGAGGUUCUCGAGUGUGUGGACUUGAGUGAGUGCAGUGACAGCAUCAUGGAUGUCUUGUCAAGGCACCUGCAGAGUGAGCGCACAGAGAUGCGUCGCCAGGUUCUCAGGGCCCUCCUCCUGCUAAGGGACGAUCCCUUGAUGGCCGAAAGAAUGUGGAGCCUGACCGAAAGCCUCGUGGAGCUCCUGAGGGAAAAUGAUAGUGAUGUGGUCAGGAUGACCAUCAUUCUACUCAGCUAUUUGCUCCUGGAUAAAGACAGCAUGAUACCCAGCCCCAUCGCCCUGCAGCUGACUGAGGCCCUCCUGCCACUCUUUGACAACGAUGAGAGCCAAGUGCAGCUGCUCUCCAUGUUUGUCUUUCGAACAUUGAUGUCUUUUGUGGAAGAAGAAGGAAUAAGGCCCCUGAAAACACAAGUGUGUGAGAGCCUGCUGCCGCUCUUCUUCCACUGCCAGGAUGAGAAUCAGCUUGUGGCAGAGGCCUCUCGGACAACCCUACUUUGCGCAGCGAAAUUCCUGAAGAGGACAGAUCUUGAGAAACCAAUGAAGAAGGACAAACCGUGGAAAUUCGCCGAGGUCCUGGUAAGGACGGCCUGGAAGCCCCAGCCUCAGCCUGGAGAAGUCCCCACCCCGGCUGCCCUCAGGGCUGCUGCUGCCGGCCGCUGGCAGCCGUGCCCUCGGGCUGAGUCAGGAUGCGGCAAGGGCCGGGGAUGA